AUGAGUAAACAAUCCAACGGCGUUAAGCUCCCGCGGCCAGCACAAAAGUUUGAGGAUGUGCUUCCCCUCCCUCUCUCCAUGCAACAUAGCAAACCUAUCGAAAGUUUUGCGGACAUUGCGAAGCUCGAUGAUAGAGAUACUCCCGUUGUCACCAUGUUCAGCGGUGGUCUCGACAGCACAUAUUUGCUCCUCAGACUCCAAGAGCUCGGCUUUACAAACAUCCACGCUGUGGCAGUAGACGUUGGGGCUCCUGUCGAUGUGGACGGGCUUACCAAACACGCUGCUCACUUCGGCGCCCAGUUCAAGUGUCUCGAUGGUCGCGAGCUUUUUGUUAGAGAUGGUGUUAUGCCAGCUAUUCGUGCUCAUGCAAUGUACUUGGGACAGUUCCCCAUUAGCAGUUCGCUCACUCGUCCGAUUAUCGCGCGUCUGGUCACCGAUUAUGCUAAGUCUGUGAACGCGGGCUUGCUGCUCCAUACGGCCAAUUUGUCGCAGAAUAGUUUGCCUCGACUCAAUAACUUUAUUCGACGUCUUGGUUACCCUGGAAAGUUCGGGAGUCCCUAUCCUCAAUCUGUCAUCUCGCGAGAGAAGAAGGCUGAAGAGCUUUCGGUAGCUGGCUUGUCCAUCAUGUCUGAGCGUAAGCUUAGCGGUGAUGAAAAUCUAUGGUGUCGGGAGUUUGAGGACGGCCCGUUGGGUGAUCCAGAGGGUUUCUCUAUCCCAGAGAAUGCUUAUGAAUGGACAAGACGCUACAAAGAGCACGCGACACAAGAGCUCACACUUGGUUUCGAAGAUGGAAACCUCAUUUCCGUUGACGGGAAAAAGCUCCCUCUUAUUCAGGCUAUUGCGCUUCUCAACAAUGAAGUAGGAAAAUAUGGUCACGGUCGAUUUGUAGGGCUUGAGCCUCUUAGCACCGAUCACAAGGUUCUCGAGAUCCGCGAAGCUCCUGCUGCUGCCAUCAUCAUGGAUGCGCUUCGACAUCUCGAGAUUGCCACUUUGGAGACCAAAACGCUCGAGUUGAAGCAGCAGCUGGAACAGAAGUGGACUCGGGAAGCUAUUGCUGGGCAUUGGGGUAGCGCGUGUCAUACCAUGUGUGAGGUCGCUAUUGCUGCAUCUUUGAAUGGGGUUGGUGGUACUGUCACGUAUGUGAUUGAUUCUGUGCGUUUUCUGCCUUGUGCUAUCAAGGCGCAGAAUCUUUGCUAUGUGAGGGAUCGGGAUCAAUGGGAACAGGCUCAGCAAGUCCUUGGGGAGGUUAGAAGUAUCACGUAG